AUGACUGUCGGCUUCCUCGACCUCAAUGAAGAUGUCCUACGCGCUAUUACUGAGGCAGCCGCCCUUGUACACCGCCCGCACUGGGGGUUUGCUGGGUGCCAUCCCACUCACGACUGGGUGCCGCCUGCACUCUCUAAGUCAAAGGCCGACUUGGACGAGGACUUCUAUCCCGACAAGCGCUUCUGUCUCGGAUGGAUUUACCUAUCGCACGUCAAUAGACGGUUGAGAGCCGUCGUUCUCGACUGUCCCGCCUUAUGGGCUAGUAGCACCCUGGCUUUACCGUCGCGCGAUAGUGACGAGGAGAUACUCUCUCGUUCGCGCAAGAUGCCUCUUCAGAUCCGUAUCCCCGCGGAACGCUGGCGCACUCGGGAUGAUAGACGCCGGGCGAUUCGCGCUAGGGCACCGUUUGCAUCCAUGGUCAUGGGGGACGCAGAUAUUAUAGACGUCAGAGAAUACAGCGGGUUGAAUUGGAUGAACCUCUUUGACGAGCACCCUACAUUGCGGCACCUCGCAUUGGACCAACGAGACUCAACGCGCAUCCGCAUGGACAUCAACGCUCCAAACUUGGUCAGCUUGGUCUUGCACGGAGCGAUACCCGUCUUUCCUACUGCUUUGUCGUCUCUUAGGGAGCUCGACAUCAGGGGCUGUCAUGAGGUGCCUUCUGUACCAUGCGAACCUUGUGGCGUGACGUUGUUGCGCGCCCUCGAUCGUACUCCUGUACUCGAGAGGUUGAUACUCGUCCUCGAUUCCAUCCACAACCUCGCGCCAGGGCACAACGGCAACGUCCCCAAACUGCCGAUAUCGCUGCCUUACGUGCGUGAAGCAUCUAUCCGUUUCACGGGAAAAGGCACUCGCCAUUCUUCCCUAGUGAAUCCAUGGACAUACGUCAAAGCGCCAGAUUGUGCCGCUGUAUCUCUCGUAUAUGGGACGCAGAUGGUUGACUGGGCCAGUGUGCUUCCCACCACUGCACACCAGUUGUUUUCAAACGUGCACGAUCGAGUCAGUCUUACGGUUGCCAAACGCAUCAUAGUAUCGGCCAAUCACGGAGAAUCCGAACGAGGCCAUUUGGGUGUCCGCUUCCAACAGGACGCCAGCCUUACCAGUUACGAGCUGAUUGCUCUAUUGCCCACGUACCUGCAGGUCGAAUCCAUCAAAUCCGCUCAUCUGAUACUGAAAGAUCGCACUUGCCACUUUCACGUUCGAAGCACACUACGACAUUGUCUUGCAGCAUUGACCGGCGUGUCCACUAUCACGAUGGAGACGGGCAGUGACACGAUAGAGCAGAUGUGCGGGCUUCUGGACGAGAUCACCUUAACUGGGUGCAACCUUCCAUCGCUGCAUACCCUCGACAUUCGUGUUUCGCGGGACAACGAGAAGGCAAUAGAGGCCAGGAACGUGCCCCUUCUAUGGCAAGCGACGAUUUCGCUCUUAACAUCGUCAGCGGAGCGGCACAAUACGCGAGUGUCGCGCUUGAUCUUAUCGGGAAACUGGCAGAUCGGCGGGGAGGAUCAGGAGGCGCUUGGACUCGUAGAUGCAGAGAUGAAGAAGUUUGCAAUUGCGUGCGUUGGCGAGGUUGUAGAUGCACGGGACGGGUGA